UAUAAAAUUACAAUCAUGUCAUUGAAGAUCACAAAAGUUCUCUUACUUGAUAAUGUUGAUCCUGCUGCCAAAGAAAUAUUGGAGGCCAAUGGAAUAGCCACACUAUGUAAGGAGAAAUUCACUGCACCUGCUCUUAUAUCUGAAUUGCAAUCAUAUGAUGGUGUGGUUGUUCGGUCUGCUACCAAAGUCACAUCAGAGAUACUUGAGGCUUGUCCAAAUCUCAACAUAAUUGGUCGUGCUGGGACCGGUGUUGACAACAUCGAUGUUAAAGCUGCAACCAAACAUGGGGUCGCUGUCAUGAAUACUCCUGGUGGUAAUACCAUCAGUGCUGCUGAACAUACUUGCACUUUACUCUGUUCUUUAUCACGCAAUGUACCUGCUGCUGAUGCUCACGUCAAGGCUGGAAAAUGGGAUCGAAAAGCUUUUAUGGGUAAUGAAUUGUUUGGAAAAGUUUUGGCAAUUGUAGGAUUGGGUAGAAUUGGUAUUGAAGUUGCUCAAAGAAUGCAAUCAUUCGGAAUGAAAACAAUUGGAUAUGAUCCAUUGGUCAGUGCAGAUACUGCGAAAGAAUAUAAUGUAGAAUGGAUGGAGCUUGAUAAAAUAUGGCCACAGGCUGACUAUAUCACUGUACACACUCCUCUUAUUCCCCAGACUCGUGGACUUUUGAACACUGAAAGUUUUGGAAAGUGUAAAUCUGGAGUGAGGGUUGUUAAUUGUGCAAGAGGAGGGAUAAUUGAUGAAGAUUCUUUGCUGAAAGCACUUGAAUCUGGCAUAUGUGGUGGAGCAGGACUUGAUGUUUUUGUCGAUGAACCAACUAAAAACAUGGCUCUUGUUUCUCAUCCAAAGGUUGUUGCCUGCCCACAUCUUGGAGCUAGCACAAAAGAAGGACAGGCACGAUGUGGCAGAGAAAUAGCAGAACAGUUUGUGAGUGCUCGUGAUGGUAUAAAUUACUUCGGAAUUAUAAAUGCUCCUGCUCUUUCUGCAGACUGCCCUACAGCUUGGGCUGAUGUCACAAAGUGUCUGUCAACUGUUAUAAAGAAGUAUAUGAAAGAUUCAAAAUUCAAUUUGACACUUUCAACUUCUGGUUGUGAACUUGCAAAACUGGGGAGGCCUCUUAAAGCAGCUGUUUGUUGUGGUAUUCUCGGAGAAGAAGCAAAUCUCAUUAGCGCACCAUCAAUCGCUGAGGAGCUUGGAAUAGAAGUAAGCAUUAAGCAUGAAACUGGAGAUUCUGCUGAAUGCAUCUUGACUGGUAAAUCUGAAACUACGACCUUGCAAUUAAAUGGAGAUGUAAGAAGUGGAAAACCUGUUUUAACAGGAAUAAAUAAGCAGAUACUACCUGUUGCCUUUGAAUUUGCUGGAUGCAUUCUUCUGUACAAAGCUAUGUCUUCUGCUAAUAGAAUCCCUGAAGUUGUCAAUGCUCUCAGCAGCAAAGGGGUUGACCCUCAAGCCAUGUCUAUUUCACAGGCUUUUGAUGGAUUUCUCUGGGUUGCAAUGAAAUUAUCAAAAUUUCCGGAAGGAAUAGAUUACUUGAAAACCAUUUUAGAGAAUCCAGUACUUUUGAAAUUUUAAAGCUAACUUACUAUAUAAGUGUACAUAUCUAGGAACAGAUUAUGAUUGCUUUUUGUUGUAGAAAAUAGUGGAUGCUAGUUAUUUGUAUACAAGUGUUAAUCUGUAAUAGACAUUGAAUAUUAUGUGCUAUUCUACCUUUCAAUAUGUCUACUGAUCAGCUCUUGAUAACAUUGCCUAAUAAUUUUGAUUUUCUAGUUAUUACCUUGCUCUCUUAUUGAAAAGUGCCUUGCCUUGUAAUUAUACUUCAGUUAGUUGGGCUAAUUUAUUGUGGAACAAUUUUCUAAUAUAGAAACACAAAAUUCUCCUUAUUCAGAAUCAAAUAUUUAACAAAUGACAUGCAAUCUUCCAGUUUUAAAUUUGAUAACAUUCCAUACUUUGUAAUGUGUUGCUUUUUCAUGCGAUAUUUGUUACUUGGAAUCCGCUUACGGAAGAAUUUAUUGUCAAAAUAAGUGCCAAUUGCAUUGUGCUAUAUUUUUUUCUCAUUUACCUAUUUGCUUAGCAAUAUGUUUUCAAAACACAUCAAGAUGAAUAUUGUUCACAUAGGAAAUAUUUAAUAUUGCAACAAAUCAAGUGCCAGCUUCAUUGUGCCAAUUAUUUUAUGUCUCAUUUACCUAUUCAAUAAGCUAUCUAUUUCCAUAGUUCAGUCAUUGUGAUAUAUUAGUUGCAAUUGAUAUAAAUGCAAAGUCCAUUCUUUACCUAGUAAUUUUGAUGUUACUCUUCAACAUUCUGUAAAACAGAACUUUGGUUAACAUUAUGUGUAUAAAUUGAGUUAGUUCUUAUGAAUACAGCCUACACAAUAUAUGGUGAUUUUAAUCUGCAGUAUGACGGGUAUGGUAUAAAGUUUUUAAUUUUAAAUUAAAGUUGAAGAUUUCGGAAUGAUUAUAAAAAUGUCAGGACAAAGGAGAAAUUGUAGUGGAAUCAUUAUAGCCAGUUUCGGCAAAUAUCGAACUUUGGCUGAAACGAAGUGCAUCUUAUUUUUUAUGUUUUCUAUAUUCUAAUUCCGCAUUUUAAAUGUAUAAAAAUGAAGGGCUUUCUUGAAAGUGAAA